AUGAAGGUCUUGUUACUCUCAGCUGUUUUCUUCAGCUUGGUCCAAGGAAACUCAGAUAAAUGUCUCCUGGGGGACAGACCACUCGGAAUCAGAAACACUGUCUGCCUCAUGCAGUAUGGCCACUGCAGACUUUUUAUGUGCCAUUCUGGUGAGAGAAAGGGGGAUAUCUGCUCUGAUUACUGGAACAGAUGCUGCAUACCCAUUUCCUUUGAAAAUGGAGGAAACAACUUAAGGCAGAAGAGCUAG